GCUUGGCAGCGUUGGGCCAAUUCUUUGCUGAGGACCCACGACACUUUGGUGUCCGGCUGUCGGCCCUCUACACCGGCAGCAAUUUAAUCCAGGAGCCCCAAACUUGCGAAAGAUUGCCGACGAAGAGGUACCAUGCGGCUGAUGAAGCCAACAGCCUAGAAAGUGAAGAGUUGGAUGAUUUUGAUGCCCAAAAAUGGCACCUUGUGGUGGAUGAAUUGCUGGAGCGCAUCCAAAGCAAGAAAGAGUGGGAGACAAUGGCAAAGCUACGGGAAAUGUACGUAUUUAAAGAUUCAGAACGUGCUGCCGAUAUUGUUCACGUGGAGGCCUUGGCAGAGCUGAAUGACGAAGAGUUGCGGGGCUUCGACAAAACUAGAGAGGAGUUGGAGACGCAGGCACGCCUAGGCACGCUUUCUGGACAAGCCUUCGACGCCAUGCCACCAAAAGAAAAGGAAUCCUUCACGGCCAAACAGCAGCGCUUGAAGCAACAGCAGGAGUUGGUGGAAGAUGAAACAACUGCAGAACGCAUUGAGCGUGAGAUGGCGGAUGAGAUCAACGCCCAAGCAGAACAGAAUGCCUUCAAAAUCCCGCAAUGGGUAAACAUUGCAGGAGCACUGCUGGGGGUUCUACAGCUCAGCUACAGAAUAGAACAAGAGCGGGAGCGCAGGGCAGAUGACUACUUUGCAAAUCCAAGGCCUGAAAUUUAUUCCUUCGUGGCUUCGAUGUCAUUCGAGGUCGGAGUGGCAUGCCUCAUUGCAAUUAACUGCGUCCUGCUGGGCUAUCAAGCAUCUUUGCCAGACGGAGAGAAUGAAAUGCUGUUUGACAUUGGUGAACACAUUUUUGUUUCGCUCUUCCUCUGCGAAUGGUUGAUGCGAGUGCUCGCAUUUGGCUGGGUCUGGGUUUUUGAGUUCUCCAAUGCGGCAGACACGAUGAUGGCUGCUCGAUUGGUUCACUCUUCAGCAGGCCUAGCAGCCACUGAGGCCAUUGGCAAGGCUGAGAUCUUCAAAGGUGAUCCAGACAUCGAACUAUUGUUUGGGGAUUUGCUUAAGUCUAUGUACACAAUGAUUCAACUUCUGACUUUGGAUACCUGGGUGGAUACCAUUGCACGCUUUGCCAUUGACCCAAGCCACAACAUAAACAAGGAAUACUGGGGCGAUCGGGCCCUGGAACAACGCAACGCGCGUGAGAUUGAGAUGGCCAAAAAGGCUGAGAUUGAGAGCCUAACACAGAGCCUUGGUGAGUUGAGCUUCGCGGAGUUCGAAGGGGCCCUGAAUAUCCCCAAAGUCAGGCAGAUGCUGGACGUCCUUGGAGUGCAGGCAAAUGAAUUGCAAGAGGUUUGGUAUGUCCUGGAUGAUGGCGACAAUUGUCUUACCAUCAAGGAGUUCACAACAGGAAUACGUCGGAUGCGGGGCCAAGCGAAGGCGAAGGAUCUUGCAGACACUGUGAAGCGUUUGCGCCUGGCCACGCGGAGUGUUGGGGAGCUCUUGGCACAAGCAGACCAGUUCCACAGUGCAAUCUCCUACAUCGAAGAAGAGUGCAACCGGAUCUCUGAUGACACUGGACGAAUGGUUGGCCUUUUCCACGAGAUGUAUCACAGGGACGAGAAGGUGGACGAGGAAGACGAUGAAGAAGAGCAGCGAAAGAAAGCAGCGGAGGAUCAGAGGAGCGUGCAAAGAGAAGCAAAGCUGGAGAACUCUUGGCGCACAUCUCCACACUACAACAAAGAGGUCCAUGAGCUUCUGAAGAGUAUGCAGAAGGAGGUCGGGAGCAAGCAUAUCAACCAUUUUCAGGGUGUCAUGGAGAAGUAUAUUCUGAAGAUGCAUUUUUCAGCCUCACAAGCAGCGUCUUCCUUCCAGGCACGGGAGGCCUUCGAGGUUCUGGAGGAACUGCAGCUGCACCAUGACAAGUUCAUGAAGAGCAUUGAGAAGGCGCAACAGUUGCGGGAGCAACUGUCUGUGGACCCGCGAAUCCUUGAGAGACGAAUCAGUCAGACGCAGGUACGCACUGAACAAGCACAGAAGCCAAAGGAGAGCCAUGUUCGAGCGCAUUUUCGAAUCCGCUUUGGUUGUGCUGUUUCAGCCACUGUGAAUUCACUGGGCUCAAACCAACGAGAGGAGUUGGACUGGCAUGUCAUCAUUGGUGCCGGAGUGCCAGAGACAACAUGGUGUAAGUUCCCUGUAGAAGUUCGCAUUCUGCAGGCCGAAUGGUUAAGCAAGUCGGUGCAACAAGGACGUCUCCUCCCAGAGACUGACUUCCAGGCGACAAUGCAACGGACUUUGAGAGAAUUUCAGGACUCGGACCGAAAACGAGGGAGAAGUGCAGAGAGCUGCUUGCCACUGGUGGACUGCAGAGAUGCAGCGACGCAGAUCUUGCAGGAGAUACUGUGGAUGUUGAACACCAGAGGGUGCCGCAGCCUAGAAGAACUGCGUUUGCGACAAGAAGAGCUGCAGCUGACGCGGACGCAGAGGUUGGGCCUGAAGUACGUGGAAGACUUCAAAAGACGCAUCCCGCGAAUAGAAGCCGAAGAGCUGAUCAAGGCGGUGUCAGAUGCCGCUGAUAAGGCCUACGGCAACAAGCAGGUGGAGCUCAUCCCAUGUGGCUCCAUGCGACGUGGAGCGCAAAGCAUGUCAGAUAUUGAUCUUGUUAUUGCGCCAUGCCAUGGAUGUGUGCUUGCUGGAGGCCUAGCACCUCUGCUAGCAGAGCUGCGAAGCAUGGGUGUGGCCAAGGAGGAGCUGGGUGGUCACGCUCCAAAUUCACCAUAUGACGACGGAGAAGAAACACAUUUGGGAAUCUUUCGCUUGCCUGCAGAUGGAAAUCUCUACAGGCGAAUGGACCUCAUCCUCUCACGGAGAGAGCACUUGCCGCUGGUGUUGCUCAACUGGACGGGCUCGGGCCUUUUCCUGAGAGAGUUGCACCGCCUGGCAAGCUACAAAGGUCUAAAGAUCAGCUCCACACAGCUUCUAGCACGAGACGCUACUGGCAAAGGAGUUCAGGUGCCUGUGACUGAGGAGGCAGAUGUUUUUGAAGCCUUGGGCUUGGCAUAUCGACCACCAGAACAAAGGGAGUUGGAUGACAGCCUGAUGCGCUUUGUGCAGUCCUCCAAGCCUGGUGCACCUGCUUUGAAGCGGCAGAAGAGUGAGAUCCUUUGA